GAUUCAUUUGCCUACGUUAAUACAGAAUUUCAGGGAUUGGUUAUGUUGGGAUGAAAGAGAAUGCUGUAGAGGGAAUUCAUUGUGUGGCGAUUUCCUGCAUCACCUUCCUGGAAGGAUAUGGAAAAUGUAAUUGACUCUAUAAGGCCUAAUGGAUGUGUGUAAUUGCCACUGCCAAAAUACAGCACAUCACAACUCCACAGAAGACUGUCAUGGAUACUCUUAUGAGAAAUGGCUUACGAGGGCAAUCAUGAACUGCAAGGGAACUAAUUGGCUGAAAAAAGAGAAGAAUGAAGUAUAUGCUGAAUCAGGCUCAUUGUUUCUUGAAGAUGACUUGGAAAUCUCUCAGCCAAAUGAUUUUAUCAAGGAGGAUCCUGAACUAAAUUUGGAUGUGGAUGAGACUGAGAAUACUUUUCUUGAAGAGGACUUGGAAAUCUCUCUGCCAAAUGAUUUUAUCAAGGAGGAUCCUGAACUAAAUUUGGAGCUGGAUGAACCUGAGAAUACUGUAAGCACUCACAUCUCUGAUUUUUUGCAUGUAGUGUGA